AUGUCUGUGGAUAAAGGUUUUGAAUUAAUAAGAGAAUUUGAGCGCUCUACCGAUCCCAUUCCACCCUUCAAUGACGAUGGCGUUCGGUCCGUGCUGGAGGAUAUCUCCAAGAUCUACCAGGAAAACAACAAUCAUGCGCAAUCGUUCAGCUCGAACCGUGAUCGUAAGUUGCUUCCACUGGUCGUGUAUCGACACAAGCUUAUUCAGCGACAGAAACGUUGCCUACUCGCGUAUUUGGGAAACCGAUUGUUCCGCCUGAAACGGCUUCGAUGGCACGUUGGUGCUAUUCUGCCACCGGAAAUUAAGGCGUGCAUCAACGAGCCAGAAUCGAUGUGGUUCAACGAGUAUUCCAAAAUACUUGCCACAUACAUGGCCUCCAUCCACGACGGAUACGGGUUAAACCUCACGAACGACAUCAAGCCACCCAAAUCGCUCAACAUUGAGGUUCGGUGUUUGACUGAUUACGGCAAGUUCGAGCUGGAUAACGGUGAAAUCAUACUUUUGAAGAAAAACAGCAUACACUACCUGCCAAAGCUUCAGUGUGAACAGUUGAUUCGACAAGGAAUACUAGAGCACAUUAUUUAA